UUUGAAUAGUGUUAAUGGUUUUUUUUCGCUUAGUGUGGCCUGGAAACUUAUAUAACUAGAUCAGUCUGUUGUUAUAUAAUUAAAUUUGUCUAAAAUGACAAUGAUGCAAAAAGUGGCAAUUGGCCUUGGCGUAGGAGCGGUUUUCUUUUUAGGAUACUGCAUACAUUUUGAUCGAAAGAGACGAUCAGACCCUAACUAUAAGAAGAAGAUUAGACAGAGGAGAAAGGCCAAUAAUGAAGCGGCUUCUAGUGCUAGAUCUGGGAAGACAAACAUGCCAGAUUUGAAAGAUCAUGAAGCUGUACAAAUGUUCUUCCUUCAAGAGGUUCAGUUGGGAGAGGAGUUACUGGGCAGUGGAGACGAGGAGGGGGGUGUGGAACACCUGAGCAAUGCUGUAGCAGUCUGCGGCCAGCCCAACCAGCUGCUGCAAGUGCUACAGCAGACACUGCCUCCCCACGUGUUCCAGCUGCUGCUUAUGCGACUCCCUGCAAGCCGGCCAGGUAUGUCCCACAUACACACCUCUGUUAUGGAGAGAUUCAUGGCUCACUCGGCAGCCAGCACUGCUUCUGUUGUUGAUGAUGGUGUUGAUUAA